UUUCUCUUUCCCUCUCGCCCCACCCUUCUUAUUUUCUCUCUCUACAUCCUCCCACCCUCUCUCUCUAAACCCUUAAAUCGAGGCUUUUCUUUUUCACACUUUCCCAUCAACCAAACAACUCUCUCUCUCCUCCCUUAUACUCGUUAUUCUAAUAGGCCACCCACUCUGCUCACUAUUGCAAGCAUAACGACAGCAUCUCUUUGCCUUAGAUUUUAUUUGUUCCCUUUUUGAAUCUGAAACUAUUAUUAGUUUAAUGGACCAAGAAACCAAACACAACAGGAAACGGGCCUUGGAUGACCAGGACUGUGACUCGCAUCAGUCUAAACUCGCCCGUUUUGAAUCGGUUGGAAACUCGACUGAUCUCGGUGAAACUCACCUGGAUUCAGAUAGUUCGGGUUUGAACUCGUGCAAGAGUGAUGUUACUGUUGUUGAAUCGGAUGACUCUGGUGUUAACUCGCCGGAUGCUAAGCGGAUCCAGGAUGAUUUGCUUAAUAUUCUUGAUGAGUCCGAUGAUCCAACUAUUCAAGGUCUUGACACGGUGAUCAAAAGCUUUGAAGAAGAAAUCCUGGUUUCUGUUCCAGGUCCCGUUACUCAUACCGAUACUUGCCAACCGGAGCUUGGCUACCUUCUGGAAGCCUCGGACGACGAGCUUGGCUUGCCGCCGACGUUUUCCGGCGAGGAAAAGAUCAGUGCAGUAGAUUUGGCUGCGGAAGCUAGCGUAUCUGGCGCCGCAGAUUUUGGUGAAAUUUUAGGGUUCGAGGACGGGAUACCGAGUUAUGACUCGUGUGAGUUUGGACUGGCGGGUGAAUCGAGUGGCAGUAGUUAUAAUGGUAGCUAUAAUGACAGUGGAGAUUUUGUGACGCUAAGUGGCUUGUUUGACUAUUCGUCGGAGAACUAUGCUCCGGCAAACGAUAUAUCGGGUGGACAGUGGCAGCCUGAGUCGCUUUCUGCCUUGUAGAAAAAAAAAAAAAAUUGUAUCAACAAAUGGCGUUAACUGUCAAAAAAAAGAGUUUCGUGCUAUGCGGAAUUUUGGCGGUUAACGGGUCGUUUCUUUGAAAAUGCAUUGUCCGUAGAGGUAGGUUGUAAAUUUGGGAAGACAGGAAAAAAAUGGAAAGUGGAAUAUUUUUGUGCGUUA